GUGUCACAGCUGACGUCGACUGACACUCGGUGGAAGCCCCUCUCCUUCCCUCGCGCUUUUUGUUCUCUAUUUUGCUUCAUUCGCGAAGCUUCGUCUUAUUCUCAUCACCUCUAGCUUCAUGCGGGAGCCGUCUGUUUUUAUCAAUGUGCAUUAAUGUAGGCGACAACGUGGAAGAGAUAAGUGCGUUUCUUGCAGAGCUCUUAUCUCCUCACCUGGCACCUUUGUUUUGGAUUUGGCAAGGAUUUCCUAAAUCGAGAGUGGGUAUACAAGGCUGAAGGAUUUCGGGGUUUAAUCUAAAUCGGGAUCUAUACAUCCAAACUGGGAUCUAUGAGCGGAAAAGUGGCUAAGCCUAAAGAAGAAAAGGAUGCUUCAAAGGGAACACUUCACACCAGAGUGCAAGUUUAAGGAAUCAGUGUUUGAGAACUAUUACGUGACAUACUCCUCCAUGAUCUAUAGACAGCAGCAGUCGGGCAGGGGCUGGUACCUAGGCCUGAACAAGGAAGGAGAGAUCAUGAAGGGCAACCAUGUGAAAAAGAAUAAGGCCGCUGCACACUUCCUUCCAAAGCCUUUGAAAGUGGCCAUGUACAGGGAACCCUCUCUGCACGACCUGACCGAGUUCUCACGUUCUGGCAGCGGCACACCCACUAAGAGCCGGAGUGCUUCCGCUGUGCUGAACGGGGGCAAAGCUGUGAGUCAGAACGAGUCAACGUAGCCCGGUUUUCCUGGCCCGCUACCUUUCGCCUUCACCAAAACCUCUGAAUGCUUGUGACUUCACACAGACUUCUCUCCAAAAAGCUCUUAGCGGUUCAGGACAACAUGAAACAUAACAUAACCACUCGAAAACUACAGUAACAUUUGAUUUGGACUUCUUUAAAAUUAGCUCGUUUUUUGUUAUGUUUACCAUCGUUUUUUUUUUUCUGAUCACCACUAUAAUAGCCUUUUCAAUGUGAAACACAGAAAUUGUAGCCUUUCUUACAAUGGGACAUUGCGUUUAAGUCCCUCUCAGCAGUUGAACUUCAAUCAUCAAGGUUCAUUUCCUAGCAUUGCAGGUCCUGAUCAAGUAAUGCAUUUGUUAAGAGUUCAGGGCAGUCAGUAAAGGUUUAAGAUGCACGGGUGCGGUGGAAGGAAGGCACCCCUGUCCUCCAUGCUUCCUAAAUGUGUGAAGCGAUAGAGAAACGCCCAUCCCGUUGCGUGGGGGGCUUCUGUGUUCUUGUGCACUCACUUAGAGGGCUUGUCUCUCUAGUAUGGGAAUAUAAAGCCUGCGUUCUGCUCACAUUAUGAGUGAAGCUGUGCCUCUCAGAAGCAAGAGGCCAUGGCUUGCUGAUUGUUUGAAUUAGCUGUGAGCUUUUCUUACUUUCUCUUCCUCUUGUUUCUUCCCCAAAUCAGUGUUUUUUGAGGUUUAAACAGUGACUGGAGAUCUAGCGCACCAAAGACAGAACUGUGAGAGUUUCCCCUUGAGCCGUCAGACCACACCGCUACAUAUAUACGAAUGAAAGGAAGCGAUGAACAGGUUUUUUUCUGAGAGGUUUCAGUAUUUGAGGAGAUGGAUGUGUGGUUUAUGAGGGCUGUGUGAUGUCACUCCUUUUGUCUCUUUUUGUGUCCUUUUGUCUGUUUUCUAAGUUCCUUUAGUCUGUGUGCUUGUGUUUUUGCCCGCACAUGUCGACUCUCCUUUGGUCAAUGCUGGUCACCGUUGCCAGUGAUUUUCGAGACAUGGCGGGACUCCCACCUGGACUGCGUUUUGUGUAUAAGUAAUUUAUGGUGGUGACAAUUUUCUAUUUAAAUGAGCAAACAAAAAAUUAUACUGUGGAACUUAAGUUGGUUGAAUUUUUUUAGGGUAUGUCUAAUUUGUUAAAGUGAAAAAAAAAAAUAUCUUGUACCGGGCAUGUACAAAUCAGGUUGUGUACAAUAAAGACAAUUUUUGUGGCCUGCAGUACAUACAGCAUAUAUCCUUUCCCUCGAGCAACAUAACGUCAUUUAUGCUACAUGGGGGUUCUUCUCUCUUCUGUUUCUUUCGGGGCUUCUUCUUUUAGAUGAACAUACAGUAUCUGUUGCAUGGGAGACUGCAGGGUGGUGAGGAAUAGAGCUGCAUGAUGUAGGCUGUGUGUAUUAACUCCCCCCUGGAUCAUAUGUUCCAAACUACCAGGAUAAAACUGACAAACAACAUGUAUGUACAGACUGGCACUCUGCCACGUACCUUCAAGUUGUUUCGUAUUUGUUGUGUACAUACAAUGCACUGAAUAAAAUGUUUAUAUUAAGAUACUUUUAAAA